GAAUCCAUCGCCAUCUCCGCCACCCACACCCCCCCCAACGCCGCCACCAACACCUCCACCGACACCACCUCCAACGCCGCCACCAACGCCUCCACCCUCCCCUCCCCCCGUACCUCCAUAAUGUUGGAAGUGACUUGUAAUGACCGGCUGGGUAAAAAAGUGCGUGUCAAGUGCAACCCAGAUGACACAAUUGGUGACUUGAAGAAGUUAAUUGCUGCACAAACGGGGACACGCUGGGACAAGAUUGUACUCAAGAAGUGGUACACGAUUUUCAAGGACCACAUCACAAUAGCCGACUACGAGAUUCAUGAUGGCAUGAACCUUGAACUGUAUUAUCAGUAA